AUUUCUGACAUCAUUUCAUAAAAUUCAAUAUUGUAUUGCCAAACUGCAAUUAAUCCAAAAGUAUAGUGAAGCAAACAUGAAAGAUUAUUAUAGAACGUUUGAACAUGAAUUUUUUCAAUGGCGAAAAAGGUAUUCAGAAAUUAUUCCUGAUAAUUAUGUAUAUGAUUCAUAUGAACUUUUAGAACCACACUAUAAUUCACAAUGUUCAUAUGCUUCUGAAAUAGUUAGUAAACAAAAUUUAUUGGAUCCUAAAUCAGUAAAAUCUGGUAUAUUGAAUAGCACACUUUCGCUUCAUGAAUUAAAUAGUCCUGCACCUAGUAUUGUGGAAGACAAUUCUGCAGAAAAUUCGGAUAACAUAAGUGAAAACUCACAAAUCAUUAAUGAAAAUGGCAACAUUCAAGAUGAAAAUAACGAAAACAUAGGUGAAACUUCUAUAAGUGAAUCUGAAUAUGUUUCGUUAUUUGAGAGUGAAAAUAAUGAAAUUGAUACCGCAUUAUUAAAGUUGAGUGAUAUUCAUGAUAAAUCGUUUGAAAAUAAUGAUCUCGUGGAUGAAAAUAAUGUUCAACCUAUAGAAUUACAGACUGAGAAUCAUAAUGAAGUGCCUGCACCGAAAAAUUUAGAAUUAUUAAAUUCAACUAAUAGAAUACAAUCAGAAACUUCACCACAAAAGUGCCAAUGUGAUCACGAAAAAGUAACUAACAAUGACAAUGAAAUUAAAUCUGAGAUUUUAUCUCAAACGCCUCAUAGAUCAGAAAAUAUGGAAAUGGAUGAAGAUAUUAAAUCUGAGAUUUUGUCACAAGCCACUAAUAAAUCAGUAAAUAAUGAAAUAGAAAAUAUAUUAAACGAUGGCGAAAUUAAAUUUGAAACUUCAUCUCAACUGAUUAAUGCGGAUGAAAAUGUUGAUAGGCUUCCUCUACGAUAUUUUUAUAAUACUGAAAAUUUAUUCAAGGAUAAAAUAAACCAAAUUAAAGAUGAGGUUUUAACACAAAAUUCUGUUUCUGAGGAUAAUCUUCAAAACCCUAAUGAAAAAUUCCGUAAUGAUGAAGAAAUUAAACCUGAAACAUCGUCUCAAACCACUGAUUUGGAUUCAAAUAUUCAAAAUCUACCUCUGAGCUGUACGUCUCAGAACAACAGUGAAGAUUUAGUAAAUGAUAAACUAAAUCAAAUAAAUGAUGAGCUUUUAACUCAAGAUACUAUUUCUGCGGGUAACAAACUAGUUGACAUCGCUGAAGAAAAUAAAAGUAGUUUUGAUUACUUUAACUUAUCAGAAUCUGAAAAGAAUUAUGUUGAAAUUGAUCGUAAACCACAUGAUAAUGAAAAUACAACAGAUAAUAUUUUACCGGAUUUAAACGAAAAUUCGUCAAGUAUGGAUGAAGAAAAAAUGGCUAGAAUUGAAACACAAAUAUUAUUAACGGAUAGUGAAAAAUCAUCAAUCUUUGAGAAAAAUACAGAACCACUUGAUAAUGAUAGUAAUUUGUCCGUUGAUUUAGAAGAUAUAGAACAUAAUUCUGAGCAUGACACAAGUAGUGAAAAAGAUAUGGAUGACAUUGACGAGUUACUAUCGGAUAUUGAUAUAUCGGAUGAAGAAUUAAAAUUAAAAUAUAAACAAGCACUUAAAAAUAUUUGUGAUGACAGUGCCUCGAGUGAAUCGUCUGAUUCCGAAAAAAGUUACAAUUCCAUAGAUAAUUUUGAAAAUGAAGCUUUACAGAGUCGAUCACAUGGUAAAAUUAUAAAACUCAAUAUAUUAGAUGAAAAAUCAAAAUCUGCAUCAGAUUCGGAUAAUUUAACUGAAAAAUUUCAAAAAUGCGUCGUUCAACUAGAAAAAAUGGAUUUUUCAAACCUUCCAGAUAAAAUACAAAGUUCUUCUGCAAGCAGUACAGAUGAUAUAAACAAGUUAUUAAAUAUAUCUUCCCUUGAUCGAAAACGUCGUCGAAUUAGUACAAGUUCUUCUAACGAGUCAAUGGCGAGACCGAAGAAAAAGCAUAAAUCGCCUAAGAAAAGACAAUCGUUAUCCAGUUCAUCUUCAAGUAGCGAUAGUGAUAGCAGCAGCAGUAAUUCUGACAGUUCAAUUAAUAGCGAUGAUGAAGAUGAUGAUUUUAAACUUAGUGAUGAAAAUGUAAGUGACUAUGUACCAGACAUUAGUGACAUGAGUUCUAUAAGUGGUAAAUCAUCUGACGAAUCGUCUACAGAUAGUUCAGAUGAGGAGAUUCGAGUUAAAAAAAGACGUAAAUCUAAUGAAACAAAAAAAAAAGAUGGAAACACACAAAAAACAGAAAAUGGAAGUGACGUAUCGGAGUUAUUAUCAGACAAAACUAACGCGAAAAGUUCAUCUGGUGAUGACUGGCGAAAUGAUCCACUGUUACGAUUUAAUUUAAAUGAUAAUAAAAAGGAUAAGUACAAAAGCAAACGCAAUUCUGGAAGUAGUGAUGUAGAAAUAAUAGAAGAUAAUGAGUCUGAAGAUGAUGAUGUAAUUAUAACCGAUGAUAAUAAAGAAAACAACGAUAGAAAUGACAUCAAAAAGAAGAAACAAAAAGAUUUAUUGGAGAUGAUAAAUCGAAAAGAUAAAUCGAAUAAAACUAUAACUGUAGCUAUUUCAAGUGAGAGCGUUUCAUCCGAUGAGUUAUCUGGACAUGAAGCUGAAGCAGACAAAACAACGCAACGUAAAAGAAGAACCAAAGUGAUGUCGUACAAAGAAUUAGCAGUAGCUACAAAAAAAGCCAAUGAAGAAGAAAAAGAGAGAAUGUUCCGUUUGACGCAAAGAAAUAGUAUGUCUUCACAAUUGUCUAUUGAACAAGGAGAAGAUAUUCCGAAAACAUUGAUAUUAGAAUAUAAUAUGGAAACUAAAAAGCCGAGAAUACAAGUUCAUCCAGAAUUAUUCAAAGUAUUGAAAGACCAUCAAAAAGAAGGUGUGAAGUUCAUGUGGGAUUCAUGCUAUGAGAGUAUUGAUUUAAUUUCCAACAGUCGUGGAUCUGGGUGUGUUCUUGCGCAUUGCAUGGGACUUGGGAAAACUUUGCAGGUCGUAACUUUGCUCUACACAUUAUUUUCUUACCCAGAAACAGCAGUUAAAAGAGCUUUAAUACUUGCACCAAUUACAACAAUAAAAAAUUGGGAGAGAGAAUUUAAUAGAUGGCUAUCUAAAUUAAAUAAACUAUUUACAGUAGAUUCAGUAAUUGGAAAAUUGGCUGCUGAAGUUCGUUUUAGAAAAAUUAAAACAUGGUUUCAAAAAGGUGGUGUUUUUAUUAUGAGCUAUAGUUUAUUUCGUUCACUAACAACAAAUAAAACAAAUAAAGGUGUUGAAAUAUCAGCAAUUAAAGAAAAUAAUAAACUAAGGGAAUUUUGUAAGAAAGCACUUUUAAAUCCUGGUCCCGAUAUAUUAGUUUGUGAUGAAGGACAUACAUUAAAAAACAGUAAAAGUGCAAUUUCACAAUGUAUAUCUGAAAUAAAGACGGCUCGACGUAUUAUGCUGACGGGUACACCUAUGCAAAAUAAUUUAAAAGAAUAUUAUUGUAUGAUUAAUCUGGUCAAACCGAAUUUAUUGGGAAGUGCAAAAGAAUUUGCAAACCGAUUUGAAAAUCCUAUAAUCAAAGGGCAAGCAAAAGAUUCAAGUGCAAGUGAUAUACGCAUGAUGAAACGAAGAGCUCACGUGCUACAUAAAAAACUAUCGGGUGUUGUACAGCGUGUAGAAGGAUCUAUUUUAAAACCCUAUUUACCAUCAUUACUUCAUUAUAUUGUUUUCAUAAAAAUGUCAAACGAACAAGUAACAAUUUAUAAAAAAUUUAUUGAAAUUGCUAAACAAAUUCAUUCAUUACGUUUAUUAUCAACAUAUCAACGUGCUAAAAAAAUUUCAACACAUCCAAUGUGUUUAUUUACACGAAAUUCAAAAAAUGCAAAUCCAGAUACUCAAAUCUCACCAAAUAAUAAACUUGAUAAUUCUCAAGCAGAGCAACUAGAAAAUGAUAAAGUUGAUGGAGAUCUACUAAAAGAUUCAAGUUGGUAUACAUCUUUAUAUGACAAAACAGAAUUAGAACGUGUUGAAUGUGGCAGUAAAUUAAUGAUAUUCUUUCAUAUAUUAAAUCAGUGUGAAAUUUUCGGUGAUAAAUUACUUGCAUUCUCAACAUCAGUCAAUAUACUAAAUGUGGUUGAAUUCUUUUUAAAAAAUGCACCAAUAGAGAAUUUUAUUUCUAGUAAAUUUGAGAAUGGUAUUGAUUAUGUACGUGUUGAUGGUAGUACGUCAACGGAAUUACGUGAUCAAAUUUAUGAAAAUUUUAAUGAUCAAAGUAAUCAACGUUUACGUUUAUUAAUUGCAACAACAAAAGUGACUGGCUUAGGAUUGAAUUUAUUGGGUGCUAAUCGUAUAGUUAUAUUAGAUACAUCAUGGAAUCCAUCGGAUGAUAUGCAAAGUGUAUAUCGGAUUUAUCGUUUUGGACAAAGUAAAGACUGUUAUGUAUAUUCGCUAGUGUCAUUGGGUGCCAUGGAAGAAAAAAUCUAUGAAAGAUGUGUAACUAAACAGGCCAUAUCAUGCCGUGUCGUAGAUCAGCAACAAGUAGAUAGACAUUAUCGCAGUAAAGGAAAUGUAAUUAAAGAAUUUUUCACGUUUGUUGAUUACAAUCAAUUGGAGCGCCCGGCACCAAAUGUACCAUCAGAUCGUGUUUUAGGAACUCUCUUGCAAAAAUAUCCUGAUUAUGUAUUUAGUUAUCAUGAACAUGAUAAAUUACUUCAAAAUCAAGAAGAUGAAGAAUUAGAUGACUCUGAAAGAGAAGCUGCUUGGCAAGAAUUUGAAAUGGAAGAGGAAAGAUUGAAAAACCACCAACUUCAAAAUAGUUCAUAUUUCAUGAAUCGAUCAAUGCCACCGCUUCCAGAUCAUCUAAAUCCAACGAAUCAAGCUGGGACGUCAAUGGAACUUCAAAAUAAUUUACAUUCAAUGAUUCAACCACUUCCAAACCACUUAAAUCCAAUGAAUUAUCCAAAAAAUUUACUCAGAAAGAAAAACAUGAACAAUGAAACUAUAGUAGGAGAUUCGUAUACCAAUUUUCCAGCGUUUAAAAGAAAGAAAAAUUUUAAUCCUUUAUUUAAUCAAAUGCAAGUCCAUAAUCUAGAAAAUUUAUCAUUAGAAAAUUCAAAUGAACUUUCAACUACAUCUAGAUUUUUUAAUAAACUUUCUCAAUAUAAACAAAAGGCGAGUGUUCUCCAAAAUAUUAACAACUAUCAAAAUAUUCCGAGCACUAGUAAAGAGUGUGACGAACCAGAGUAUAUUCUUUCAGAUCCACUUGACUCCGAUCGUAUGGAAAUAGAACAACAAUCAAAUAAUGAAUCGAAUACAAAUAAUGGAAAUCCGUUUGUUAAUGAUAAUAGAUUACGAAGCGAAAAUAUAAAUAGUCUGAAUAGAAACCAAAGCACAACAUUAGAACAAAAUAGAGAUAAUAGCCCUAGUAUUGAACUGCCCGAACCUGCUAUUGAAACGGAUUAUGUCGUUGUGAUUGAAGAUUAAAAUAUAUUUAAUUAGAAUUAUACUAUGGUUAGUUAAGUUAAUCUAGUCUACGAAUUGUUUAAU